AUGGGCAAUUCCCAGACGAAAGAAAGCAGACCGUCUCUUACUGCGCCAGGGCGCAGAAGCCAUCAUCAUGGCCCGUAUGGCGACCGCCACCACGCUGACGGUUCUCGAUCAACUCGAGGCAGCGGACCCGAUCUAUCUAUCCUCGGUAUCAACACACAUUCGGAGCGAGACGUGGCGUCGCUUGAACAUCGGCGAGAAACUAGACAGGAAAGGGAAGCUCGCCGGCUUGAGAAGGAACGGGCGGCCCGCCUCAAAGAACGAGAGCGUAGUAUGAAAGAAGAGAAUGUGGAUGGCGGUUAUCUGGUAACGCAAGGUGUAUACACCGGAACCGAAGAUUUCAAUAAGGCUGUGGUUCGCCAAUUAAUGGUCGAACGACGACUUGCACCAUUCUGGAGAGGUCUCAACGACUUCUCAGACUCAUGGACAGAACAUCAGCUGAUGGCAGCAGCGCGAGGCCUGCCAAUCCCCCCUCCGGAUGAAGUCCCUCCGGAGCUGGAAUAUAAGAAUCCGCCUAGAUUUGGAGAAGAUGCCCGGGACGCCUCGGAUAUACCUAUGGUACAACACUUGAUGGUACCUAUUACUUCCAGGUCUCAGUCGUACGGCUCGGAUGCUUCUCAGUCUUCUACACCAGCCCAUUCACUCCCCUCACCAACCUCUCCUAUCGCUUCCGGCGCUUCCAGCUCACCUAUGUUUCGGACCCGUGCAAAAACAUUGGCAUCCCUCUCCACGUCUAAGCAUGGCAUUCAAUCCGAUACAAUGACUCGAGAAAUUCACCUUCCACAUGAUCCUUUUGUAAAUGGACAGCCGAUUGAGGCUUAUCUAUACAAAGCGGCUGCCGAAUGUCCCAUUUGCUUUCUGUAUUACCCCCCCUAUCUCAACCGGACGAGAUGUUGCGACCAACCAAUUUGUUCCGAGUGUUUCGUCCAGAUCAAACGACCUGACCCCCACCCUCCGGAGCACGGAGAGACAGAACAAAAUGCGCAGUCGGCGGCUGAUGGUGAGCGCGCGGAUAACGAGGACGGUCAAUUAGUAUCGGAACCGGCAGCAUGUCCGUUUUGCGUUCAGCCUGAAUUUGGAGUCACUUAUGCACCACCGCCAUUCCGUCGAGGACUGGCUUACGCAAGCGACAUGGGUGCCCGUCCGAAUCUUACAUCUCCGCUAUCUUCCACCUCGUCCCUUUCUUCUAGCACUACCCCUGUGACGGGCCGUCGUCGCGCGACGUCAUUAUCUGCCAAUGACCCAACUGUGGUCACAACUGAUAGGGUUCGGCCUGAUUGGGCACAGAAGCUAGCAAACGCCAGAGCACAUGCCGCGCGACGAUCUGCGGCAGCAACCGCUCUCCACACUGCCGCCUAUCUCAUGCACAACAAUGGUUCUGGCGCCGACUCGAGGAAUUUUGGCCUUGGAAGAAGGAGUGUAAUGCGACGGAACGGGGGACCAGAGAGUCAGAACACCUCGCGAACCGGCUCCCCUGCGCUGCAGGCCCUUGCAUUCUUGACAGACCGUCGUGCUGCGGGUCAAGAAAACGAUCCCGCAGAAGAGGCUCCAAACAGCAUUGCACCACCACGCAGCAGGUCAAGGAGAAAUCGUAUCGAUGACCUCGAGGAAAUGAUGAUGAUGGAAGCUAUUCGGCUGAGUUUAGCCAGUGAAGAGGAGCGGCGCAAAAAGGAGGAGAAGGAGGCGAAGAAGGAGGCAAAGCGAAGAGAGAAAGAAGCCAAGAAGGCGGAGAAGGUUGCGCGCAAGUCAGGUCCGUCCAGUGAUAAUGCCAGUAAUUCUGCCCUGGAUGGGGUUGGCGAUUUCAGCCUAGGAAGAGUCAUCAGCAGCUCUUCCUCUGUUACCGGCGAGGAGCCUCCCUCUACUGGCAAGGGCAAGGAGGUAGAUCGUGCGCCACCUCCAGGUCAGAUUGCGGUUAUCCCCACUGAGGUUGUCUCUAGCCUCGAAGGCGCACAGUCUUCGCCAGCUGUUAUCGCGACCCCAACCGACCAUGCUCUCCACUUGCCAACCUCGUCGCACCCGCGAACGUCACAUUUACGCCAUGUCUCUAGCGCGUCCUCGUCAUUUUCAUCUCUGGUCGAAUCGAUGAAUGAGGGCCAUACUGGACUUCACACAUCUGCUGAUGGUGCGAGCUCCUCCACCGAGCCCCUAUUCAACUUUCGCAGUCUGGCCGCUGUGAUUGGAGACGAAGACAAAGGCGACGAAAGAACGGAGCACGUGGAAGAUACAACACCAAAACCUGAUGCAUCGAGCGCAGCAUCAACUUCCCACUCUGCUAGCGCCAAUGAUGAAAUGGUGAAAUCUGGACAAGUGAUAACUGAGCCGACGCCUGCUUCCUUGGAAGUGCCUAAGAAUGAAGAGUUAAUUCCGAAGGAGUUGGAAUCUCGCUCGGUUGAAAUACCAUCCACUGCAGGAGAUACAGAGACUGCCUCCUAG